AUGGCCGAGUUUGAAGCUUCGAUCGAGACGUUUGCGAGUUGCAAAGCAACUAUGGCAGACAAAAUCCAGGUUGUUUUGACGAAGGAGUUCCAAAUCUGGCUCGCCAAUCGGGGAGACGCAGCUGAGUCCCUGAGUGCUUGCGAGCUAUUUGGCUAUGGCCUUGGUUCAUUUGGUCCAACCCCAGUAGGAGUGGCGAAGUCUUCCGGUGACACGCUGACCCCCUGGCACCUGUCCUCCGAUCUGAGCCUCAUGGUCUUUGUAGACCCUGCAGCCAACACAAAGACCAUCAAGAGUUUGGCUGAGAUAGCCUGCGAUACAACCCGAACCAGUGGGAUUACUGAUCUGUCGUUGGUGGAUCACGAUGUGAACCCAAAGCUUGAUGCUUCUGGACAUCCAAUGUCUUUCCGGCACCUGCCUGUGCCCAAGACCAAGAUUAAUGCCUUUGAACCAAAGGCACUAUCCCCAGACGUCGAGCGUCAGAACAUGAGAGCCACAAUGCUUGGGGCAACGAUGGCUGGAAAUUUGAAGAAGAUCCCAUGCACCGACUGGGCGCAAAUGCUUUUUGAGGUGAAGUUGAACCCAUCACCAGCUAUUGUGACACCACUCAAGCCAAAAUAUUGGCUCACGUGUGCUCUUGAGAAGCGGCGAGGGUGGAGAUCGAAAAGAAAAAGUCCAAACAAGAGGUGUUGGCUAUGGUUGAAACGAUGA